AUGGAGGCUGGAGAAGUGCCUCUGCCCGGCAAACACCCCAUGGAGCAGCAGCGCCGCCCGGAGCUCCGUCGAGAGACGACGACACCCCCCAUCUUGGCACAGGCGGUACUGAUGCUCUCGCUGCUAGCGCUGCCCACCAGUGCCCGUCCUGUGCCCACCCCGGCGGAUGAGAGCGGGGAGGUUGUGGCCUGGCUGACGCAGUAUGGCUACCUCCCCCCCGCCAAUCCCGUCACCGGCCAGCUCCAGACCUGGGAAGCGGUGACCAACGCCAUCCGUGUGAUGCAGCGCUUCGCGGGCAUCCCUGAGACUGGGAUCCCAGACGAUGCCACGCUGGCGCUGAUCCAGAUGCCGCGCUGCUCGCUGCCUGAUGUGCUCCCGGAAAAGCUGCCCAAGAGGAAGAAUGGGAGGCUGUGGCGGAAGAGGAGGAAAAGUCGGGGCAGGCGGAGCGUAGGCCUGGCUUGGACCAAGAGGAACAUCUCCUGGAAGGUGAAGACGUACCCGCGGGAGGCGCAGCUCAGCCGGGAGACCAUCCGUGCGCUCACGCACUACGCGCUGAAGGUGUGGAGUGAGGCCGCCCCGCUCACCUUCCACGAGGUGGGCGGGCCCAGCGCCGAUAUCUCGGUGGAGUUCCUGCGCCUGGACCACCAGGACGGCUACCCCUUCGACGGGCCGGGGGGCAUGGUGGCCCACGCCUUCUUCCCCGGGGACCCCCAGCACGCCGGCCAUGUGCACUUCGACAGCGACGAGGACUGGACCUUCCGCUCGCCAGACGACUACGGGACAGAUCUCUUUGCUGUGGCCGUGCACGAGUUUGGUCACAGCCUGGGCCUGGCGCACUCGCCCUCCAAGCACUCCAUCAUGCGCCCGUAUUACCAGGGCCCGGUGGGCGACCCGCUGCAGUACCAGCUGCAGGCUGAUGACCACAUGGACAUCCAGAGGCUCUACGGGAGCCGUGUUCUGCAUUCCACAGAGAAGCCAGAGGCAUCGUCGCUGCUCCCGGACCCGCCGUCGCUGCCCCGCGACUUCCCUGCCUUGAGGUCGGAGAAGGAGUUCCCGGAUCGCUGCUCCUCCAGCAUUGACGCCGUCGCCCAGAUCCGCGGGGAAAUCUUCUUUUUCAAAGGUCAGUACUUCUGGCGUCUGACCCACGGCCGGCACCUCACCUCCCUGCGCCCCGCCCUGAGCGCGGCUUUCUGGCGCGGUCUGCCCCGCAGCCUGGGCAAAGUGGACGCCGUUUACGAGAGGCACACGGACCAUCGGAUCCUCUUCUUCAGCGGGCCCCUCUACUGGGUGUUUAAGGACAACGGUGUGGAGGAGGGGUUCCCGCGCCCCGUCACGGACUUCGGCCUGCCCCAGGGGGGAGUGGACGCCGCCUUCUCGCGACCUCACGACCGGAAAACCUACUUCUUCAAGGGCGGGCUGCAGUGGUCCUACGACGAGGCCACGGGGCGCAUGGACGAGGGGUCCCCCACCCACACUGCGCUCGGGGGGCAGCUCCCCACCCCCGUGGAUGACAUGCUGAGCGGGAGUGAUGGAGAGGUCUACGCCUUCAAGGGCCGGCAGUAUUGGAAGCUGGAGCGGCACAGCCUCAAGCUGGAGACGGGUUACCCUCGCUCCAUUGCCAGGGACUGGCUGGACUGCACCGGGGAGCUCUACCCGCCACCGAGCGCCCCCACCAGCCCCCCCACGGGAGCCAAGCUGCAGCCGGACUGGCGAGGCCCCCCGCUGGAGGUGGAGCGCUGCGUGUGCCUCAGCUCGGCCCCCCGCGCCACGCUCGGCUGGACGCUGGCAGUGCUGCUGCUGCUGCGGGGGCUUGGCUAG